AUGUAUGCACACUUCAGGUCGGUUGCGACCAGACCGGAGGGCCCUCGAUGCCUUGACCAGCAGCAGCAGCAGCAGCAGCAGCAGCAGCAGCAGAAGCAGCAGCAGCAGCAGCAGCUGCUGCAGCAAGCGACACAACUCCAGCAGCAUAGUGCCGCUAACACCUCAAAACAGCAGCAUCGCCACCAGACAAAGCCGGUGCAGCAGCAGCAGCAGCAGCAGCAGCAGCAACAGCAGCAGCAGCAACAGCAACAGCAGCACCAGCGCAAAGCCGGGGCAGCAGCCCUAGCAGCAGCAACAGCAGCAGCAGCAGCUAAAACAGCAGCAGCAACAGCUGCAGCAGCAAAACCAACACCACCACCAAAACAACAGCAGCAAGGUCACCACCACCACCACCACCACCACCAACACAAACAGCAGCAGCAGCAGCAGAUUCAAACGGCAGACAAAGACAGAGACAGGAGACUCCUUGUCUUGGGGGGAAACAGCAGCAACCGCAGCAACAGCAGCAGCAGAAACUGCAGCAGCAGCAAGAAUACAGCAGCAGCAGCAGCAGCAGAUGGUUCGCAAGGCAGCAACCGCAGCAACAGCAGCAGCAGAAACUGCAGCAGCAGCAAGAAUAACAACAAGAACAGCAAGAGCAGCAACAGCAGCAACAACAGCCGAACGAACAACAGCAGCAACAACAACAACAGCAGCAGCAGCAGCAGCAACAGCAGCAGCAACACCAACACCAACUGCAACAACAACAAAACCACCAACAGCAGCAACAGCAGCAACAGCAGCAGCAGCAGCAGCAGCAGCAGCUGCAGCAGCAGCUCUCCUAUUGGAUCAGAAGAAUAUAAAGAUUGUGUAGAGUCUGUCUCUAUCGAUGUGUCUCCUUUUUGUUGUUUGUCUCCUGGGGGCCCCCCGGGGCCCCCCCUGGGGCCCCCUGGUGCCCCCCCGGGGGCCCCCCCUGGGGGCCCCCCGGGGGCCCCCCCUGGGUCCCCUGCUGGGUGUUUGUCUGCUGAUAGUGUUGCAGCAGCAGCAGCAGCAGCGUCAGCACUAGCUGAGGAGACAGCAGCAGCAACAGCAGCAGGAGUGAAUCUGCUAGAUAUAGCUUUUGAGGUGCAGCAGGAUGUGGGGCUGUCUCCGUUUCAGCAGCAGGUUGCUGCUCGUCGUGCUGUUGCUGCUGCACUGGAGCAGCAGCAGCAAAAGUUUAGGGGCCGCAGCAGAAAGGGGCGUCUCCUUUGGGCAGCAGGAAGAGUGUAUAGAGGAGACACCCACUUUCUUUUUGGUUUGCCUCUCUUCUGUCUCCUUUGCUGCUGUCUCUGCGUUGAGCUGCUGCUCUAUUUUCUCGUGCUGCUGCUCUCCAGGCUGCUGGAGGUCUCCUUCUUUAGGCUACAGUCAGCAGCAACCAGGUUCAAACGCAUGCACCAGCAGCAGCACCAGCAGCAACAGCAGCAGCAGCAGCAGGAGCAGGAGCAGCAGCAGGAGCAGCAGCAGGAGCAGCAGCAGCAGCAGCAGCAGGAGCAGCAGCAGGAGCAGGAGCAGCAGCAGCAGCAGCAGCAGGAGCAGCAACAGCAGCAGCAGCAGGAGCAGCAGCAGCAGCAGGAGCAGCAGCAGCAGCAGCAAGGGUCUAAGCGUUCAAAUGAUGUGGGGGUGUCUCCUGCUGCUGGAGAGACAGCAGCAGCAGCAGCAGCAGCAGAAGGCGUUGCUGCUGCUGCUGUUGGUGCUGUGUCAGCAGCAACAGCAGCAACAACUGCAGCAGUAACAGCAGCAACAGCAGCAGCAGCAACUGCAGCAGCAGCAACAGCAGCAACAGCAACAGCAGCAACAGCAGCAGCAACAGCAGCAGCAGCAGCAGCACCAUCGGGGAGUUCUAAGAUAAAGGCCUGGCUGCAUGCAUCCCUGCGUUUGCUGCUGCUGCUGCUGCGUUCUCCUCUGCUGCUGCUGCAGUAUAUACGUGGGAGCAGCAGCAGCAGCAGCAGCAGCAACAGCAGCAGGAACGGCAGCAGCAGGAACGUAUCUCCGUGUGUAUUGAAGCAGCAGCUGGAGAGCUGCUGCAGCUACGCUGCUUUUGCUGCUGCAGCAGCAGAACUAGAUGCAGCAACAGGCAGAGAUGAAUGGAAAAAGAGAGAAGACAGCCACCUAUACGACGCACAAACAACAAAACAAAUAUUAAAAAAUAUAAAAACAGCAAGACAAAGACAAGAGCCACUCAAAAUUGCUGCUGCUGCUGCUGAAGCUUUCAGAGGAUGCGCACAAGCUGCAGCACAAGAAGCCCUAUACAGCUCAACCCGCAGCUGCGUUUGCUGCUGCGAGAGACAACGCUAG